AUGUGCCCAUUUCAAGACGAGUUAAAGGAAACACGACCACUCAACUCGCCAAUUGCCAUUUCGGUUGCAAAUGGCAGCAAGAUCAUGGCAGCCGGGAUCGAGACAAUUCGAGUGACUUUGAAGAAUAAGGCACCAAUUCGGAUCGAGAUCGUUUUAUACGUUCCAGAUGUGGACCGAAGAUUGCUUUCGAUUUCGGCCUUAUCAGCGAAAGGACUCAAAGUCACUUUCGGCAACAAGAGUUUCACGAUCAAGACUGGUCAAGACAUCGUGACAAAGGUUUCCCAAACUGGGAAACUGUUCGUGUUGGAUUGUAUUCUAACAGAAACGGCGAACAUGAGUGAAGAAGCUGGUGAAUACACAAACCAGUUGAUGCAAGCGUCUGGCAUGCCCGAUUGGGACACCUACCGACAAAGACGCUGA